AUGGGCAGCGCCAAAUACUUGGUUGUGUGUUUCCUCUCUCAACUCUCCUCCCUUCCCUUCCCCGUCCUCCUCCAUUUCGCCCCACUUCUCCUUCGCCCCAAACCCCCAGUGGCAGCGCAGGAGGAGGAGGAAGCAGCAGUGGCGGCAGCAGAGGAGGAGAUUCUGAGCGAGGAGGAGGCGCUAGACGCACCGGACCCGCGGGCAGCCGUGAAUGAGUCCGACCCCGCGGUGCUGCGCGUGAUUGAGGAGCGGCGCCAGCGUAGGGAGGCGGCGCGGCAGAAGUACAAAGAGGAGCUGCUGGCGAUGGUGAACGAGGUGAAGCAGGCGGCUGCUGCGCCGGGCGGGCUGAAGGAGGAGGAGACGGUGGCGGAUGUGUCGAACGUGCCGCUGCAGUAUGGUGCCACGGAGAUCACUCAGCUGGGUGAAGGGGUGGGGAAGGGGGGAGGAGGUGAGAAGGCAGGGAACGCGGAUGCGAAAGGGGUGACUGGGGGGCAAAGGGCUGCUGGGGGUGAUUCGAGUGGGGGUGCUUCUGCGGAUCACCGUGCAGGGAGAACUGCCACUCCAGUGGGGGUGCCUUCACUUCCACGUCACACGUACAGCUCAGCAGCCCCGUUCCCAUGCCCUGCAGGCACAGCAGACCACUGCUUCGCCCACACGGCUCCUGCCCUCAGCAAGGCCUCCCUCACUGCCUCAAACCCUCCUUUUCUUCUCCACCACCCCCUUCCCCACCAGCACAUGCUACCACAAUAUCCCCCAUGA